AUGACGGGCCGGGUCAAGCACGGGCCGCAUGUCAUCCCCGACCACGUCGGCUGUCAAUUCAUGGUGUACGGAAAGGGCAAACUCCAGACGUGCAAACACAAAGGCAAACGGCAAAAAGCCUGUGUAGGCUUUUUGGCACAAGCGAACAUAUUCCGAGAGAUCGACAGGGCCCUCCCUGUGUUGUUCGACAUGAGAUGUCAAAUAUGCUGGCGUGUCCGAGGAGAGUCGCAAGGCUCCGAGCACGUAUCAAAGCUAGCUAACUCACACUUCCGGUCCGAUGCCAAAUAUAGAGAGGUAGCAAAGACGGCGUGGCUAGAAAGCGGCCCACCUAGUGAAGCCAAGAAAAUGGAGUACAUCAUUGGAGGGGAAGUAUCAACACAGUUGAUGGAUCAAGCUUACCGACGAGCCAGUAUGCGCUCAAAUCAAAACAUGAAAUAUAUACCGCGCUCGGAGAGGGCUAUUUUAAUAGCACCAAGACUAUAUACUGUUGAGACCAACAUGUUGAUCAAGACGUUUGGUUCGAGCUAUCUGGCAACAGUCGAUUUAUUUGAGGACCUUCCUGCGACAAUGGAUACAUUAAUAAUUGCAACAGUGUGGCCUAAGCGGCUAUUUAAGAGGCCUUGCUCCGAUGAAUGA